CCGAGAGGUCCGUGAACCUGUUGGAAGCUAGAAGACACCUCCCGGCUGGUUCUGAACACAAUGUGACCAGACGGGCUAUUAGGCGUGAACUAAAGCGGAGCCUACGUGCUGACAAGGAAGCCUGGUGGACCAGUCGGGCUCAAGAAAUGGAGGAGGCAGGAGCAGUAGGCAAUUACCGCAAGCUCUUCCAGCUAAUCCGCACCACUGGUCCCAGAAAACCAGGCGUCAGUGAGACAAUCAGGGACAGCGCGGGUGCGCUGAUACACAAUAAGGAGCGCCGUAUGGCUCGUUGGGCUGAACACUUUGAAGAUCAGUUCAGCUGGCCCCCUGCUCCCGGACCUCUUCCUACUCAGGUGAUGCAGGACGAGCCAUGGACGGUUAGUUUAGAGCCUCCGUCGGAGGCCGAGGUCCGAAACGCGAUCACAGCCCUCAAUCGUUUUCGUGCCGCUGGCCCGGAUUCCCUCCCACCUGCACUAUUUAAGGAUGGAGGUGAGGUCCUCUGCAAAGCACUGACCUCCCUAUUCGAACGUAUCUGGAACGAAGAGAGUGUGCCGGCUAAUUGGAGCGAAUCGAUUAUAGUGGCAAUAUACAAGAAGGGCAGUCGCACAGACUGUGCGAACCACAGGGGUAUUAGCCUAACGCCAGUUGUGACAAAAUUACUGGCCUCGAUUAUCGUUCGUCGCCUCACUGCAGAACGGGAAUCUCGGAUUAGAGAAGAGCAGGCCGGUUUUCGCCCAGGACGUGGCUGUAUAGACCAUAUAUUUACUUUGCGGCAGGUGCUAGAGCAGCGCCACGCAUACCGCAGACCGACAAUAGCUGUGUUCCUCGAUUUCAAGAGUGCGUUCGAUUCAGUCGAUCGAUCGAUUCUGUUCGAAAUACUUGCGCGGAAAGGUGUUCCCACGAAAUAUGUGAACAUCCUUCGUGCUCUAUACUCGAACACUACAGGCCGCGUCAGGGUCUAUGGUGCCCUAUCGGAUAGCUUUUCGACUACAAGUGGCGUUCGUCAGGGUUGCCCGAUUUCCCCAUUUUUGUUCAAUUUCGUCGUGGAUUCUAUCAUGGAGUGUUCCCUUGCGGAAUCUCACGAUGUAGGCGUUGAAGUGCUGCCUGGUGAAAGGUUAGUUGAUCUAGAUUAUGCGGACGAUAUCGUCUUGCUUUUCGACAAUGUUGAGGCGGCACAAUCAACCCUGAAUAGCCUAUCCAGAGUGGUCCCAUUAUUUGGUAUGCACUUCGCACCUUCAAAGUGCAAAGUGUUGCUGCAGGACCACCAGCCACUCGAUGACCCCUUGACGCUUGCUAACGAGGAACUCGAGGUGGUUGAUCAAUUCACUUAUCUUGGCAGCUGCAUCAGCAAUGAUGGGCGCAUAGAAACUGACGUGAGCUCACGCAUUGCAAAGGCCAGAGCUGCCUUCUUGAACCUGCGUCAUCUUUGGCGACAGAAGGGAGUUUCCCUCCGUCUGAAAGGCCGUGUAUACAAGGCCACAGUGAGGGCCGUUCUGCUCUAUGGUAGUGAGACUUGGCCCCUUCGGUCUGAAGAUCUGAGGCGCCUUCAAGUCUUUGAUCAUCGUUGUUUGCGAAGCAUUGCUGGUGUCGGAUGGCACCAGCGUGUCCGCAACGAUGAUGUGCGUAGGCGAGUACUAGGUGGUGAUAAUCAUGCUAGCUCCCUAGAACAACAGAUAGCACUGAAUAAGUUGCGUUGGCUCGGGCACGUGCUACGCAUGCCUGGUCACCGCUUACCUAGGAGGGCCUUGUUCAGUCUACCAGGUGUAGGAUGGCGCAAGGCUCGAGGUGGACAGAAGUUGACUUGGCAGCGGGAAAUGAAGUCACUGACGACCAAACUGGGUGCCGUUGGUCCGUCUCGCCUUCCGGGUUGGAGUCCACGUGACUCACCUUGUGCUUGGCUCGAGACUUUACAGGACAUGGCUCGCAACCGACACCAGUGGCGCGUCUGCUGCCGUCUCCUAAUCGGAUUGUCUGUUUAAAGUGUGUUUGGUGCUGAGUUAUCUGCGGGGUAAUGGCUGAUUAUGACGCGUGGCAGUGAAAGCCGCAAGGAAGCUGUCUCGCCGAUGCCGCCUUAUCUUUGCACGAUAGCCAGCUGUUUGUGACGGUAUGUUGUCUACACAAGGUGUAGGCGCCUUGACCCUGAAUGUUUGCUUAGGGCAUUAAGGUUUUCAGGUAAGUCCCCCUUCUCUCCCUCUUCUUAUUCUUUAUUUCAUAGGUCCUCAUGGUUGUAUGGCAGCGAAGCAUCAGUUCAAAUGGCUGAUGUACUGCUGUUGAUGAUGAUGA